GUUCGAUUUAUAUGUAAAUCAAAGUAAAUAAAUUAAGAGUCUUAGAAGAGAUGUAUUCGAGCGCGCUAAAGCUCAUUGAAAACCUAUGACGAUCUAUUGGAAUCCAACAAAUACAUAAUCAGUCAACGAAUUCCACUAUGAUUUGAAAUUAAAGAAGAAAAUGUGCAUCUUUACAAAUCCUAUUAAAUUUCAGCAAUCAAAGAAUCUGUCGGAGCUCAAUAGAUUCCAGCGGAACUUGAGUAGAUUAGAUUUCAUUUUUCAUUUUUCUAUGUAAUCUUAGCUCCCAUUUGUUUUUAUGGUCUAAUUUCAUUCAAUUCUGAUAGAUUAUAUGGUUCUUGAAAUUCAAUAGAAUCUAUUCUUUUUUCUAUAAACCACUAGUUGAAUUUCACUAAAAAAUAGAAAAAUGUGAAAAUUCGAUCUUCUAUUUGAAAACGAAUUAAUAUUCGGAAAAUUUCAUAUGCUUUGAACUAGACCGGAGAUAUCAAAUUUCUUCACUAGUUUUCUUUAUUUUUAACAAUCAAUAACAAUUCUAUUUGACAAAUUUUUCUCUUUUUAAGCUUUUCAUUUUGCUGGUCGUGGUGAAAUGAAUGUAACAUUAGGUGUUCCACGUCUUCGUGAAUUACUUAUGGUUGCUUCUCAAAAGGUAAAAACACCAACAAUGGAAGUAUCUAUUUUGCAUAGUUCAUCAGCAUUAGGUAAAGCAAAACGUUUACAACGUCGUUGGUCUCGUCUUUUAUUUUCUCAACUAUUAAAAACUUUAAAUAUUCAUAAAAAACUUUCAUUAAAAUUAAAUGAUCAUAAACAUACAUAUAAAAUUGAAUUUUAUUUUGAUGAAAAAUAUGGAAAAAAAAACAAUUAA